GGACGAACUGUUUUGGCGACUACGACAUCGUAGAGUGAUUUCUGUGUGUGGGGCUGGAGGUGACACAUCAACUGUUGGGUUUAGUCCCACAUCGGUUGUGGGGGGAGACAUAACACGAUUUAUAAGGGUAGGGGUGUCCCCUCCUAACAGGCUAGUCUUUUGGGGGGAGAGGGCCCAAGGCCUGUCAUAAGUCGGUGUUGCUCUCCGGUUGGGCCUGGUUGACGCAUGUGGGUCGGAAACGCUGGUGUAGCGGACCCGGAAUUGCGUAACAAGUGGUAUCGGAGCCCAGGUGCCCGGAAUGAAUCUCGGUAGACUCACGGGUGGUCGGUCAUGGUUGGUGGGCUGGAAACGCUGGUGUUAGCGGGCCCAUGGAUGACCGAUGUGUGAGGGGGAGAUUGUUGGGUUUAGUCCCACAUCGGUUGUGGGGGGAGACAUAACACGAUUUAUAAGGGCAGGGGUGUCCCCUCCUAACAGGCUAGUCUUUUGGGGGGAGAGGGCCCAAGGCCUGUCAUAAGUCGGUGUUGCUCUCCGGUUGGGCCUGGUUGACGCAUGUGGGUCGGAAACGCUGGUGUAGCGGACCCGAAAUUGCGUAACAUCAACUCUCUUAAAAAAAAGUGUACAACGGCAUAAAGCAUCAGCUUUUGGGAUUCAGGGAGGUUGGAAAAUUGACUAUUACGUAUGGGUGGACGUACCCCAUCCAUUCAAUGAGAUGGAAUUUAUGCGCUUGUUCAAGGGAUUGUUUCCGGAUCUGGAUGGCUACGAAGAUGCGGAUGAAGGGCCCGCUGAAAAAAAAUGCAUUUUCUUUAUAAACGGUCUGCAAUCCGCGGAGCAGUGGGAGUUUAUAAAACUCUUCGUGGAGGGGAAUACUGAGAGUCGUAUCAUCCUUAUUGCAAAUGAAGAAAAUGUCUCCAACCACUUUGUAGAACAUCUGGAAGCCAACAACGCUGUUCAUCCCUUGACCAAGGCCUCUGACUACUAUGGAUAUGGAGAUAACAAGGUGGCUUCUCGAAGUAUCUUUUUGUCCAACAGAAUGGAAGUGAGUCGUAUAUUCGUGGAUUCUCAACAGGACGUGGCUGGUACGAUAUGGCGUACUCUAGAUGGUACUGGGGUCAGCUCGGUAUGGGGCAUUGCUGGUGUUGGGAAAUCAACUCUCGUGAAAGUCAGAUACCAAGACCUCAAGAAAGAUUCGCGUUGGUCUAGAAACCUUUACUUGGAAAGGUUUGCAUGGGUCGAUGUGCCGGCUGGUCCAUUUGAUUUGGUGGAAUUUUCUCGGCUCUUACUUCUGGAUUUCCAUCACUGUGAUCUUGAGGCCAUGGAAGCUGCAGCAAUUGGUAUUAUGCAGGGUCAGGACCCAAUUCAAGGGUGCCGUGAAAUUCUGCGUCAAGACGGGUAUCUCGUCAUUAUUGAUGGUCUGCGGUCCACACAUGACUGGGACUUGAUCGAAACUGUGUUUUUAUCCCAGCCUACUAAAAAAGCCAAAAUAGUUGUCAUCACAACUGAAGAAAGCAUCGCCAAACAUUGUGUCAAGCCGCAGGCAAAUGAAGUGAUCAAUGUCAAAUGUCUAGAGGAUGCCGAUGCCUGUCUUAUCUUCAACAAGGUACGUUUAAUUGCUCUGAAGCACUGCUCUAUUUCAAGCAAUUUUGUAUUAAUUUUUUUCUAGAAAAUAGGGGUCUUUUUUCUAGCGGAGUUCAGAUACAUACAUGAUACAGCUAUGUCGCACAAUUCUUCGACCAAAUGUCCAUGAAUACAAAAUGUGGUGUGCUUCAGUACACCCACUUAAAAUUCCCCUAGAAGGUUAAUUAGUACAUCCUUAAUUAUCUAAAACUUAUCAAGAUUUCGAUUAAUAAUUAAG